AUGGCAGACGAAAUGGAGUUUCACGAUUUAGUCCAGGUUGACUGGGCUGGUGAAGACGGCGAGCUUAUUGUGAAGUCACCGCCUUCUCCUCCUUUGUCCUUUCAUAACGUGGGAGAUAUGGACAAGGAAGAGAUGCGCGAAAAGGAGAUUACUGAACAAGAGGAAGAAAACGUGGAAAACAGUUCCGAGGUGUCGACUGACGGCUUCGAUGAUUUGGGUGUUUCUGAGGAGCCUGUUUGUAGUGCGAAGGAAGAAAAGAAGAUCGAAGACGAGCCUGUCAUCCUUGUACAGAAUCCGGUGACGGAUUUACCUGCACCAGCUACUCCUGCUAUGCCAGUUACCAUUCUGUUUACGGGCCAUCCUCUUCCACCGAGUCAUCCAAUUAUAGCAAGCUUUUGCCACGUGGCUUCACGGACACGCAUGUAUACACUCACCACUCUACCGUCAGGCGUAAAACCUACCAUUACCUUGCAUGUCAUUGCGGACUUGAAUGCUCUGUUUAUUUCUGCCAUGAAUGGCACUCUUGUCGAGACGGCAGCUCGGUCUCCGAUUUUCCUUCCUAUUGUUUGUCAUUCGGCCAACACCGACAAGUCAACCCAAGGAACUAUUACUUUGGCGGUACGCAGAGGAUUGGCAAUCUGUGGCAUUGAGUAUGUGAAAAAUGGCACAGGCGGAGUGUUCACUGAGCGAGAGAUUUGUGGGAUGAGUAGGAAGCAGAUCAUGUCGAUUGUGACCAAUGGAAAGAUCGAGGAGGAUGAAAGUCCAGGCUACAAGUUCCGCGAGUCAUUGGACAUGGCUUUCAAGCUUGGCGGGCCAUGGAUUUUAGGCCUCUUGAUGAGCUGGCUGUUUGUAUUUGCGGUGUUCACUGUGUGCAGCUUCCAUCGGGGAAGUGCAUUGGGAGGUGUUCGCAAUCCAGGGACGAUGAUGCCUACCAACGCUCAGCAAGUAGUCGGUAUGGUUGACAGGGUAGUGAGCGCGAUUGUGGAGGAUUCUGAGAGUACCAUUAAAAUGGAAUGGAGUCCAUCUUUGGCUGAAGUUGAAAACGAUCAUCCUUCGCCAGUACCAUCUACAAUGGAGAGUGAAACUUUAACCCCAUCUAUCCCAACUGUGGCUAAACAAGCUGAGCAAGUGGAUAAGACAGAAUGCAGUGAAGAGGCUACAGAACAAACGGGCAAAGCGCCGGAGGAUCAAGUCAUCGACCAAAAUUUGGAAAAGCAUGAAGCUGACGCGGACAAUGGACCCAAGAAUUUCCCGCAACAAACUCCUUUUAAACCUCUGAUCAGUUCAGUUGCACUCACUCUUCCAGCCGCGGUUGUUCUUCCAACUGCACAUGCCCCCCCUCCACAGCAUAUAUUACCAUCGAAAACGGGGAACACCACGCACACCACACCACUCAUCACCCUGCCCGCAUCGCUGCCGACACUCUUUAACGCCUUGCAGGCAAUUUUCAAGGUAGUCAUGGUACGGUGGAAAAGAGGUGUAGCGCGUUUGAAGGAACAGAUGCAGGUUGAGGGAAAGAUGGUGGUAGAGUGGUUAGACAAAUGGUGGAAUGGCCAUAUUUGA